AUGAAGAAAGUAAAGAAAUAUAAAUGUAAAAUACGAACGUCAAAAGAAUCUGCAGUUACACCAGCGUUGGAGAAGGCUGAUUCGCCAACUGGUGUUCCACAAGUGAAUGAUGAUGGCACACGGAGUCAAGUAGGUCAGGAUGAAGGAAGAUAUUUGCCUGAAAGCAAUUGUUUGUUUUGUAGCCCUACAAAGGAAAUACCUGAUAGAAACAGCAAGUUUUUAAAGGAUUGCAUAUCGCCUAACUCUAAUCAUAAGGACUCUACAUUGCUAAAUGAGCAACUUGGAAUGGAUUGUAAAGAUUCUAUUAGUCUAUUGAAAAUGAAAGAUACUAUUCUUUCAUGUGAAAGAUUAAUAAAACUAAAAACAAAUCACUGUGAAUGACUUAUAAGAAAAAAUAAAGAAAUGGAAAAUGAGGUUAGUCGACUACAACAGGAGCUAUCAGAAACAAAAGAAAUGAAAUCACAGUUAGAGCAUCAAAAGGUGGAAUGGGAACAAGAACUCUGCAGUUUAAGAUUCACUUUGAAAGACAAACAAGAGAAGGGAAGAAGCACUGAUGGCUUGUACGAAAAGAUUAGAGAUGAAUUGAGAAGAAGAAAAGAGCAAUAUAAGAAACAAUGUGAAGUGAAACGAGAACUUGAGCUGUCUGUGAGGACCCUAGAUACGGAGUUGAAGACUGUGAAAAAUCAUUUGAAUCAGAUCAGUUAUAAUUGUCACGGAAAAGAAGAAGAGCUAUUGCAUAAAAUCCACAUGUUGCAAGAUGAAAUUGCCGUGCUAAAACUGGAAGUAAAUACAUUAAAAAACCAGAACCAAGAAAAAGAAAAAUAUAUUCUGAGGACAUUGCAGUGAAAAAAAAAAAAAAAAGCUGAUCUUCAAAAGACAAUCAGACAGAAUGAGAAAAUUCUAACAGAGACAGUAUCUCAGUCUGGUGGACAGCUUAAUGUUCUGAGAACUGAGAAUGCAAUGCUAACCUCUAAAUUGGAGAAUGAAAAACAAAACAAAGAAAGACUGGAAACCGAAGUUGAAUCAUACCGUUGUAGGCUGACUGCUGCUACAUGCGAUCACGAUCAAAGUCAGGCAUCAAAAAGAAACUUAGAACUUGGUUUGCAGAGAGCAAGAGAUGAGUGCUUUCAUUUACAGGACAAAAUGAGUUUUGAUUUGUCUACCCUAAGAGAUAGCAACACGACUCUAACCAAACAGCUGUCCAAAGAUGAAAGCAAUUUCAGUAGCCAAGAAACUGAGUUACAUCAAGCUAAAGAUGCUCUAAGAGAAAAGAUGUUGGUUUUAGAAUCCGUUCAGAGAGACCUAAGCCAAACACAGAGUCAUGUGAAGGAAAUGUGUCAAAACUUACAAUGUGAAGUAAAUAAACACUUUGGAAAACUGGAGUCCAUAGAGAAAAGAUCAUCCCAACUAGAAAGUGAAAAUAUGUUGCUUCGACAACUACUGGAUGAUGCAUACAUCAAAGCUGACAUUAAAGAAAACAUGGUAAUUGAUAUGCAAGCCAACUGCAUGAUACUGUAAAAAAACCUUCAAGGUGAAAGUGAAAAACAAAGACUUAAGCUUGAAGAGAGAAAUAAGGAGUAAAUCAGUAAAUAUAAUCACUUAAAAGGACAGAUGUAUAAGUUUGAAAAUGAGAAAGUAGAUAGAGAAGUAAUUGUGAGACAACUUCAACAAGAACUGGCUGAGACAAAGUCUAUGUAUUCCAUGAUGUUAGAAGAUGAGACAUUAGGUCCAAUCAUGAGACAGUGUAUCUAUACUGCAAACUGGAGUUUGAAUCUUCAUCAACUUGAACUUGAGAAUGCUGAGCUGAAACUUAAAAUCACAACUCAAAUGCGAAUAAUUGAACACCUUAGGAGAAACAUGACAGGUGCGAGUUCAAUUCAGAUACCUUCUCAAGAAAACUUAGAGAAGUUAAGAGAACAUAAUGUUUCAGUUUUCAGCCAAAAUCUCAACCUCCAUCGUCCCAGCCCGAACCAGAGUGAAAUACGUGUUAGGUUUCAGAAAUAUCAGGCACUCUUGAGAGGACAGAACAGAAACUCUAGUAAAACAAGGUCAGUUCACCAACGUUUUACUAGAUCAGGCUCCAGGAAAACAAGUUUUCACUGGACAGAAUUUUUAUGCAGUGUCCUGGUGAGAAAGGUUGGAAAAAGUACCAUCGUGUCCCAUCCUUUCUCUCAACCAACAAGGAGACCGGUCUUACAGGUUUACAGGUUUACCUCCGGAGGAAUCAGGUGUCUCAGGCCAAAUCAGCCGAAUUCCGUAUCUCCAGGUGGACACCCUGUUGGGAAAGCAGAGUUCCAGGGCCCUGGAACGUCUUCAGGGGGCGCCUUCCCUAGAGGUCUUUUUCUCCCCCGGAUGGUCACCCAGAGGAGGUGCUGGGACACAGUGGCUAUCCCGGACGAGCCCCCAAAUGUUAUGGGUUCAAUUUAA